AGUUUCUGUAUCCGCCUGAAAUCAACGAGUCGGUGUUUCUCGUGCCUGUUCGGACGCGCGGCUUCUGCUUCUGUUUUAUUGUUCGUUGUAUUACUGGACAUUAACAAACAUUUCUUAAAAAUAAUAAGAUUAAAAUAUCAAAAUCGUGAACAUUUUAUUUCGACAAGCUUAAGAAAUUACGCACCCUGCUUCGUUUGAGGAAACGAAGCGACUUGAGAAGAAUCAUUUCCAUUAUGGCAGAUGGAGAGGGGUUUGUGGUCCGGGUCAGAGGACUUCCCUGGUCAUGCUCAGCAGAUCAAGUUCAUAGAUUUUUCUCAGAGUGCAAAAUUGCAAACAAUGGGACAAGCAUACAUUUCACGUAUACAAGGGAAGGGCGACCCAGCGGAGAGGCAUUUGUCGAGUUUGAAUCGGAGGAAGAUCUUAAACUUGCUGUAAAAAAAGAUCGAGAAACCAUGGGUACCCGUUAUGUAGAAGUAUUCAAAUCCAAUAGUGUUGAGAUGGACUGGGUUCUGAAGCACACCGGGCCGGACUGCCCGGACACGGGAGGAGAUGGUCUGGUUAGGCUUCGAGGUCUGCCCUUUGGAUGCAGCAAAGAGGAAAUUGUCCAGUUUUUUGCAGGGUUGGAAAUCGUGCCAAAUGGGAUAACAUUGCCGGUGGACUUCCAGGGGAGGAGUACGGGGGAGGCCUUCGUGCAGUUUGCUUCACAGGAUAUAGCCGAAAAGGCUCUAAAGAAACACAAGGAAAGAAUAGGGCACAGGUAUAUAGAGAUCUUCAAGAGCAGCCGUGCGGAGGUACGCACGCACUAUGAGCCGCAGCGCAAGGCCAUGGGCAUGCAGAGACCGAGUCCCUACGACAGACCGAGUGGCGGCCGAGGCUACAACAAUUCGGGCCGAGGCGUCUCUUUUGAAAGAGUGAGACGUGGAGGAUACGGUGGAGAUGGGCGUUAUGGAGAUGCAGGUUCCUCCUUUCAAAGCACAACAGGUCACUGCGUGCAUAUGAGAGGUCUUCCAUACAGAGCCAGUGAGACGGACAUAUACAACUUCUUCUCUCCACUGAACCCGGUGCGCGUUCACGUGGAGAUCGGCCCAGAUGGGCGAGUAACGGGCGAGGCGGAUGUAGAGUUUGCCACACAUGAGGACGCUGUGGCUGCCAUGUCCAAGGACAAAGCCAACAUGCAGCACCGUUAUGUGGAGCUGUUCCUAAACUCAACAUCAGGGGGUGGAAGUGGAGGAUAUGGAGGUCAGAUGAUGGGCGGAAAUCAGUCGUCUUACGGACACAGCAGCCAGCAGAUGGGCUCUGGCUACAGCGGCGGUUAUGGUAACCAGAGCGGCAUGGGCGGCUACAGCGACUACAGUAAUCAGGGUGGAAUGGGCAGCAGUUACUACAGCGGAGGCAGUCGAGGAUCGAUGGGCAUGAACGGCCUGAACAGCGGAAUGGGUGGAGGGUGGGGGAUGUAGCCGUGCGUGUUGUUUCAUAGCUACGGCAAACCCAUUUCCUUUCAUUUUGUUUUUACUUUUUUUUUGUUAAAGUUCUUCGUUUCUUUACUUUCAAGACAGCUGUUUGCUCUUCGAUCUUCUUUGUAUUGUAUUCGAGCGUCUUUAGGGGGUGAAAUCGUUUAACUUAACUUCUCCCCUUCUUUUUGUAUUACGAAUAAAUAAUUUAUGUUUAAGACAUAAACAUUUAAGAAAAAAAAAUGUGUUCAGUGCCGGAGAGGUGCCUGUUAAUCUGUUUUUAUUGUCAAGUGAAGAGAGAAUUUAUAGCAGGGAUGGGCCAACUUAAUGAAGCCUUAAGUACAUGUAGAUGGAGGAUUAUCGGUGAUUGUAGCAUGUCAUAUCUCAAACUGCUUUAUCAGAGAUGUUUUGCAUGCACUUAACGCUUGAUUGAGGCUAACAGUUUAUGUUUAGGGAAAAUUGUAUUAUUUUAAAGCAUGGGUCAGGGUGGGAAGAAAAUGGUAUUUCAUUUAAGUGCAUGUUACUGUUGCGUUUGAUCUUCUCCAUGCUGUGUACCAAACUUAUUUCAGUGCAUCGAGUGGACGCAUAUCUGUUUCCUCAUUUCUUUACAGGUGGACUAAUACUUGGAGGCAGUGUUUGUUUAUUAUUAAACCAUAUACAAUUCUAUAAAAUGUA